CCAAGAACAGCCAUCUCCAAAAACCUUCACAGCUUCCCUUCGCCCCCGAGCAGUCCACUCCUGUGCCGCAAUCUACGCCAUGGCUGCAACCGUGAAGCUAGCAAAGGCCCUGCGCCGCCCUCUUCCCACCCCCAGCCGAUUCCAUUCCACCGCUCGCCUUCUCUCGACCGCCGAUUCAUCAUCCUCGCCGUCGAUUACUCAGCAGCCGCCUCUCCCUGCCGCCCUUUGCUCCCCGAAACCCUCGUUUCUCAUUUCCCACUCCCUUCUUCCCUCCAAUCCGUACGGGAUCUUUUCCGUCCGCUUCAACCAGGCCCGGCUCCGCGUCAACCGAUCCGGGAACCCUUCCUACAAUCCCGGGUCCAGCGACCGUCCUCCCACCGAGAUAGCCCCGCUCUUCCCUGGCUGUGAUUACGAGCACUGGCUAAUCGUCAUGGAUAAGCCUGGAGGCGAAGGCGCCACCAAAGAGCAGAUGAUCGAUUGCUACGUUCAAACCCUAGCUAAAGUCGUCGGAAGCGUAGAGGAGGCAAAGAAGAAGAUUUACAACGUUUCUUGUGAGAGAUACUUUGGGUUUGGCUGUGAAGUGGACGAGGAGACUUCAAACAAGAUGGAAGGUUUGCCUGGAGUUUUGUUUGUGCUGCCCGAUUCGUAUGUUGAUGCCGAAUACAAGGACUAUGGAGCUGAACUGUUUGUGAAUGGGGAGAUAGUGCAACGGUCGCCUGAAAGACAGAGGCGAGUAGAACCUGUGGUUCAGCGCGACAGAGUAAGGCCCAACACGCGGUACAACAGGCGUAGAGAUAAUAACAUGAGAUGAGUUAGUUUUUGAUUAUAACGCGUAGAGAUAUGGGUCUCUAUUAUUUCUAUUAUGAACCUUACCUUUUCUGUCAUUUGGUGUUUUAGCCACUUAUGGUUGUGAACAGAAAGUCUGCUUGCUUCUUUGGAUGUGUCACUCCCAUCUUUGCCUUAAUUUAUUGUGUUUGGGUAUGAAUUGCAGCUGAGCAUGUUUCCCUUAUUGUUCUUUAU